CCUUAUUUUGAAAUUACAGGACAGGAAACCUUAAGCGAGUGACCCGGAAGCACUUAGGGUAUCCUUUAGCAUUAGCAUUUGAGAGUAGCACAAUGUCAACAGCACCGGAGGCUCCGACGGAAGGAGCCGCUGUCCACGCGUCUCACUCCGGCCUGAUGCACAGGAGCUGCUGGGGCUGCCGGCUCAUCUCCGGAGGCGGUUUGAUCCUGGCCGGAGGUUAUGUGUUCAUGGCGGCCCGGAACAUGAUGCGACGAGGCGGCCCCCCCUCCAUUGGCGCAGUGAUGCAGAUCACCUUCGCUGCAAGUUUGGCUGCGUGGGGCAUCGUUAUCAUCGCUGACCCGACUGCAAAAAACACAGAGAAGGACGCGAGGACGCAGAGCACUUAAAGAAAAGUAUUCACAUGGCUCCAACAGAGACUGACAAGGACCACCAUGUGGCACCUAGACAAAUAAGACACUGCUUCCCGGAACUAUGCAGAUAAGUGUGGUCUGAUUUUUGUUCCCGAGAGCAUCCAGCAGGUUUGGAGUUUAUCAGCUGCUUAAAUUAAAAGGGGAAGAUGCCAUGUAUUUGAUUA